AUGCAAGCCGAAGCCAGUACGAGCGGUGUUGCACGAGACCUGGAAUCGGACUACAAGAAUGCAUUGCAGCAGUACAGCAGUCGGCAUGUCGUUCUCCGACCUCCUGUAAGCCAACGCAGACUGGACUUUGAGUACAGACGACCCCAGCCUUUGAGAGAGUGCAUUGCAGAAGCUGUGGGGGUCUUCAUAUAUGUCUUCCCAGGCUUCGCCUCCAUCGCAGCCAUCAACCUCAACAUAAUCUCACCCAUAGUCACUCUCUUCGGCUCACUGUUUCAAGUCGGCCUGGCAUUCGGCGUCGGCAUAGCACUCGCCAUCACUGUAUGCGCUCCCGUCUCCGGUGGACACUUCAACCCAGCCGUCACACUUUGCUUCGCAGUGUGGGGAGGCUUCCCGUGGAGAAAAGUCCCACUCUUCAUCCUCAGCCAGAUCUUUGGAGCGUUCAUGGCCGGUAUUGUUCUCGUGGGUUGCUACUGGCCUCAAAUCCAAACCGUGAAAGCGGCCGAGAUCGCCAAGUCUGGGAGUGCCGUGUACAAUGGCGGUGCUGGCGGGAUUCUAUGCCCAUUCCCACCAGAAGACCAGACGAAUCUCGGCUACCUAGUGUUGCCAGAGUUUGUCGGCUCAGCACUCCUAUCCAUGUCUCUCUCCAUGAACAGCGCUCGCGAUCUGGGGCCUCGCAUCGUCACGGCAAUCUUCUUCGGAUCUGAGGCUUUCACUUAUAAGAAUUUCGCUUGGAUCCCAAUUCUGGUAAACAUCCCGGCUUAUCUGCUGGGUGCGGGGUUUUACGAGUAUGUGUUUCGGGAUAGCGUUAGGAGUGUGCAUAUGGGUCUUGAGACACAUCGUGAGGGGAGGCAGGGCAUGGCAAGAGGCUGCACACAAGGCUGUGAUGCCGGCAUUCACGGACUUUCUGCUCCGAAUCCCGUUCACUGCCCGUGCGGCUAG